AUGUCUUCUUCGGAAAGCCCGGACACUCCGACCACUUCACAGCCUGCUCCGCCAGUCAAGCAAACGUCGUUCGUGGUUGAAGAUCUCGAAGAACGCAUCCGGGAAAGCGCUCGUAUCUCGAAUAGUCCGAAGAAAACCGUCAGCACUCCAGGACUGCCAGAUCCGAUGAUUCUCGUCGACCUGGAAACGCAUACGAAAGAGAUCGUGAGCAACAUGGACACAAUGCUCAGGGAUAUGAGGUGAAAACUGGAAGACUACAUUCUGGAAUAAGGGAAUUGUUACAGAGGGUCUCUGCACGGAAUGUCCGAUCUGACACUCGAGUCGCUCCAGUGCUACAACGCCGGAGUCGAGAAAGCGUGUGAUGCAGCUGAUUCCAACGUCAAGUCGACUUACGCUGUAGGAAUCGUGAAAUCAGUAGUCCCGACUAUAUUCGAAUAUUUUCAGAUGCUUGCAAAGGUAGAGGAAGUCAAUCAGUCGAUGGGAAAUGUGCAAAAAUUGGCGGGGCAAAUGUAAGUGCCCCUGCUGAAUUGUUCAGAAAUCUUUGUUUUUUUUUUCAGCAAGGAAAUGCGACGAUUAGUCGAACUGUUCGAAACUCUCUUCCACGGAAGUCUCAAGUAA